CACCCUCUCCAUCAUCUUUGUACAUGUAAACACAACAUAUCAUACACUUGGUACAGUUGUGUGUGUUUUCUUCAAUUUCUUUCACUUCUUAUUUGUCAAAAAAAAUCAAUUCUACCUCACAAAUCAAUAAAAACUUCCUUCUUCCCCAAUUCCUCCAUUUUUGUUCUUCUUACAUUCACACAGAUACAGUCCAAAAUUUGUUCAAUUCGUUUAUACAUAAACAUAUAUACGUAUAGUAAAGACCCAGUUCGCACGUUAAGAUCUGCAUCUAAAACGGGUCACUUUUAUUUCUCCUUACUUCUCAACUGGUGGGAAGAGCAAAUAAAAGAUUUGGAAAUUUGAUGUAGAAGUGUGAAUGCUUCUAUUUGCUGCUUGGAGGGUAAAACUUGUUUCUGGCAGCAAAAAAUAAAGGCAAAUGGCUCCUUCAAGCAAGGCUGAUAAAAAGGCUGCAGGUGAUGUGGCUGCAUGGAUGUUCAAUGUGGUCACUUCAGUUGGAAUCAUUAUUGUUAACAAAGCCUUAAUGGCUAACUACGGGUUUUUCUUUGCAACAACAUUAACGGGGAUGCAUUUUGUUACAACAACUUUGAUGACGAUUGUUCUUAGGUGGCUCGGGUACAUCCAAGCUUCUCAUUUACCCCUUCUAGAUCUUCUAAAAUUUGUACUGUGUGCAAACUUCUCUAUUGUUGGGAUGAACAUCAGUUUGAUGUGGAACUCGGUGGGAUUCUACCAGAUUGCAAAGUUGAGUAUGAUCCCUGUCUCCUGCUUACUAGAAGUUUCCUUUGACAAGAUCCGCUAUUCAAGGGACACAAAGCUGAGCAUUGUUGUGGUACUCCUAGGUGUUGCUGUUUGCACAGUUACGGAUGUGAGUGUUAAUACCAAAGGCUUCAUUGCUGCCUUUGUAGCUGUAUGGAGCACUGCUCUACAACAGUAUUAUGUUCAUUACCUUCAAAGGAAAUACUCCCUUAGUUCUUUCAAUUUGCUGGGACAUACUGCACCAGUUCAAGCUGGAAGUCUGCUGCUAUUAGGCCCGCUUGUGGAUUAUUGGUUGACCAACAAGAGGAUUGAUCACUUUGACUUCACUUUUCCAUCUUUGGUAUUCAUCAUUCUUUCAUGCACUAUAGCUAUAGGCACCAAUCUCAGCCAGUUCAUAUGCAUUGGAAGAUUCACUGCUGUUUCAUUCCAAGUUAUCGGUCAUAUGAAAACAAUCCUCGUUUUGAUACUGGGAUUCUUGUUUUUCGGGAAAGAAGGUCUCAACAUGCAAGUGGUAGUUGGCAUGCUCAUAGCAGUUUGCGGAAUGAUCUGGUAUGGGAAUGCCUCAUCUAAACCAGGUGGGAAAGAGCGUCGUAGCCAUUCAAUCAAGCAUGGAUCGGAUUCGUCACAAGCCGAUGAUAAGGUGUAAGAUUUUCUAGCAUUGAAGCUGAAACAGAAAAGAUAGCAAAAAACUGAACCUUUUAUAGUCAGCUGACUCUACAUACACACCUCCUUCAAUCGAAUUAGAUUUUUCUUAAUCCUAUAAUUCAUCUUUUUGGUAAUAUAACAUUAGUAAGAAGAGAUUGUGACUUGGGUAUAGAGCUUGGUUUCUCUCAUUCUCAUUUUUUAUUUGAUCAAUAAUUUAUAGAGAGUGAUGAAUUUUUUUGCGUG